GCUAUUAAAAAAUACAUACUAAUUCUUCGGUCUCUCGAACCUUCAUCCGUCCGUAGGAACCACUCCAUCCCGAACCCCUAACGCCGCCGCUGCUCACUUCCUCUACAUUGUAUGGCCCAGAUCCAGGUCUCGAACCCUGGUUUCACCCCACCUACGUUGAUUUCACGUCGCCACCGUUGGUUUCACCCCUCAUUCACUGGAUUCACACUUCCGUCCCCGGAUGUACACCUCCGCCUUCGGACGAACUCAACUUCUUCCUUAUCUACGUCGGCGUCACCGAGUUCAUCGCCGCCGCGCUUCUAUGAGGCUACGAAAGGAGGCAGCGCAGUGUUAUCAGGAUGUGAUGAAAGUGUUUCAAAUGAGAGGCCAUGGAAAACCAGUGAUGCUAGGCUUGUGCUUGAGGAUGGAUCUGUAUGGAAGGCCAAGUCGUUUGGUGCUUCUGGAACACAAGUUGGUGAAGUGGUGUUCAACACAUCUUUGACAGGAUAUCAGGAAAUAUUGACAGACCCCAGCUAUGCUGGGCAGUUUGUUUUGAUGACUAAUCCUCAUAUUGGAAAUACUGGUGUUAAUCUAGAUGAUGAAGAGUCGAAUCAAUGUUUCCUUGCUGGUUUAGUUAUUAGAAGUAUAAGUAUGUGCACUUCCAAUUGGAGGAGCAAGGAUGCUCUUGGUGAUUACUUGGCAAAACGGAACAUCAUGGGCAUAUAUGAUGUGGAUACUAGGGCAAUUACUCGAAGGCUUAGAGAAGAUGGAAGCCUUAUAGGUGUCUUAACUACAGAAGAAUAUAAAGCAGACAAAGAAUUGAUAGAGAUGGCCCAAAAAUGGAAAAUUGUUGGUGUUGAUUUGAUUAGUGGUAUCUCAUGUGAAGCUCCAUAUCAAUGGUCUGAAAAAACCAAUACAGAGUGGGAAUUCAAAACAGGAAGUGAUCGUGGUGAAGAAUUUCAUGUUGUUGCAUAUGAUUUCGGGAUUAAACAUAACAUUCUAAGACGUUUGGGCUCAUAUGGAUGUAAAAUCACUGUUGUUCCAUCAAAAUGGCCUGCUUCAGAGACAUUAAAGAUGAAACCUGAUGGAGUUCUUUUUAGCAAUGGUCCAGGAGACCCAGCUGCAGUCCCUUAUGCUGUUGAAACAGUUAAAGACAUAAUAGGUAAGGUUCCAGUGUUUGGAAUUUGUAUGGGUCACCAAUUAGUUGGGCAAGCAUUGGGGGGGAAGACAUUUAAGAUGAAAUUUGGUCAUCAUGGCGGAAACCAUCCUGUUUGCAACCUUCAGAGGGGAUCCAUUGAGAUUAGUGCCCAGAACCAUAAUUAUGCAGUGGAUCCUGCCUCACUCCCCCCGGGCGUUGAAAUAACGCACAUAAAUUUAAAUGAUAAUAGUUGUGCUGGCCUCCGUUGUCCUGAGCUAAAGCUCAUGUCUCUACAGUACCAUCCUGAGGCCUCUCCUGGUCCUCAUGACUCUGAUUUAGCUUUUCAGGAGUUUAUAGAGCUGAUGAAGGGUAACCAAUCCUGAAACAUAUCCAAGCAAUCUCUCUUGAAUGAUUUGAUUCAUGGUGAAAUAAAAGGAAGAGAUGACAUUUUGUUUCAUGUAUUAUGUCAAGUUGCUUAUGGAGAUUAUUAAUUUAGGUUAAUUGUUUGCAGAUAAUUUUAUCCAUUUGUGUGUUCGCCAUGAGAAGAUUGUUUUUUGAGAAGAUUGUAUUAAGUCAAGUUUAAACCGUUUUAUCAAAAAACAAAGCACACUCCGAUGCAGACAUAAUAAAUCUGGUUGAUUUACUGCUGUUCAUGC